ACGAUUCUUACUCUCUAUCACUAAUAACCAUCUAAACUUCUCAACCAUGAAAACUUAACGUACGUUCAUCAAAAAACUGCAAAAAUAAUUAAUAAUAAUUUAGAAUAAAAUAAAACCUUAGUAUAGUAACUUCCCCUAGAAAUAAUUAACCAACAAAAACUUCACCUUGCCUGGUUUGGAACAUGUUCCACCAAUCCAGGUAGGUCAUUUUCUACAUUCACUUCAUCAACACAAAAAACAUACACAAAACUAAUAACCCAUUUCCCCUUUUUUUUUUUUUGGCGUACAGGAAAUGAAUUAACGUUUUCUUUUUUUCUCUCAAAAUUUGUCACCAUAACACCCAAAAAUCCUUGAUUUUUUUCCUGUACGCCUAAAAAUUAUAGUUUUUUAUUUUUUGUUUCAUUGAAUUAGUUAAAAAAUGACAAUUUAUAAAAGUGCAUGUAUACUGUUUGUUAUAAUGUGUAUACCAAUUUUGUUGAAUGCACAAAGCAACAAAGAUGAAUCUUUUAUAUUAGGUUGUGGUUUAGGUGAAAAUGGUGGCAAAGAUUCAGAUGGAAGACAAUGGAAUCCAGAUAACAAAUAUGUAUCAGGUGGAAAUUCAGUAACAGCAAAAGCUUCAUUUCAAGAUCCUUCACUUUUAUCAGAAGUUCCAUACAUGACUGCAAGAAUUUUCACAUCGGAAACAACCUACAAAUUGCCGAUUCAACCCGAUAAACGUUAUUGGUUAAGACUUCAUUUUUAUCCAUCUGUUUAUAACAAUUUCAACCCAGUAGAUUCAUAUUUUUCUGUAACAGCAAAUGGUGUUACACUUCUAAACAAUUUCAGCUCCUAUAUUACAUGUCAAGCCUUAUCACAAGCUUAUAUUGAUAGAGAAUAUUCACUUUCACCUUUGAAUUCAGAUGUUCUUGAACUUAAAUUCAAACCUUCUGAUAAACAUAAUGGUGCUUUUGCUUUUGUUAAUGGUAUUCAGCUUAUUCAAAUGCCGGAUUUGUUAUUUGAUUCGCCUUCGUUGGUCGGUUAUCCAGACCAAACCGUGGAUGCUAAAAGUAUGCAUAUGCAAACCAUGUUUAGAUUAAAUGUUGGUGGGCAAUAUAUACCUCCGGUUCAGGAUUCUGGUUUGAGUCGAACAUGGUACGAUGAUACACCUUACAUUUUUGGCGCAGCCGUCGGUGUUACAAACCAAGCCGAGAAGAAUGUUACAAUUGAUUAUCAAGCAAUGCCUAAAUACAUUGCUCCUACCGAUGUUUAUUCAACUUCAAGAUCCAUGGGAACUAAUAAAGAUGUCAACAUGGGAUUCAAUCUCACAUGGGUUUUUCAAGUUGAUCCGAAUUCUAUGUACCUUACAAGAUUACAUUUUUGUGAUUACCAUUAUUUGCAAUCGAACGAGAUUGUUUUCAGUAUCUUCGUUAACAAUCAAACAGCGCAGGAUCAAGCCGAUGUGAUCGGUUGGACAGGAAGACAAGGAGCGACGACUUAUAAGGAUUAUGUGGUUUAUGUUCAUGAAGAGGCGGGUGAUGAUCAACUUUGGCUUGCAUUGCAUCCAAAUCCCACUACAAAGCCGAGAUUUUACGAUGCUAUGCUCAAUGGUGUUGAGAUAUUCAAACUCAAUGAUACUGAUUUGUCUGGACCAAAUCCUCAACCUUCUGAUAUGAUGAUGGAGUAUGAGGCAAGGAUAAGAAAUUUUGAAGACAAAAAUGGCCAUAGUAGGAGUUUUGCUAUUGGUGGAGCUGCCGGAGGUGCUGCAGGUUUUGCAUUAGUUGCUGCUAUAUGCAUUGCUGUUCAUCAAAGGAAGAAGAGAACACCAGGUUCAUACACAAACUCCACAUCAAGUUGGUUACCUCUCUAUGGAUCACACACAACCGGAACGAAAUCCACAUCAGGAAAAAGUACGAUGGGUAGUGGUGCAAACUUAGCCAUGGCUCAAGGACUAUGUCGAUAUUUCUCUUUACAAGAGAUGAGGCACGCAACCAAUAAUUUUGAAGAGUCCAAUGUUAUUGGGGUAGGAGGAUUUGGAAAAGUUUACAAGGGUGUUAUUGAUAAUGGUUUUAAAGUGGCUAUUAAGAGAUCAAAUCCACAAUCAGAACAAGGAGUGAAUGAAUUUCAGACGGAAAUUGAGAUGCUUUCAAAGCUUAGACAUAAACAUUUGGUGUCUUUAAUUGGUUUUUGUGAGGAAGGUGAGGAAAUGUGUUUGGUUUAUGAUUACAUGGCCCAUGGAACCAUGAGGGAACAUUUAUACAAAGGAAACAAACCGAUAGAUACAUUAUCAUGGAAACAAAGGUUAGAGAUUUGUAUUGGUGCUGCAAGAGGUCUUCAUUACCUUCACACAGGAGCAAAGUACACUAUAAUUCAUAGAGAUGUCAAAACAACCAACAUUCUACUUGAUGAAAAUUUUGUUGCCAAGGUUUCAGAUUUUGGUUUGUCAAAAACAGGUCCAGAUAUGAACCAGGGUCAUGUUAGUACAGUAGUAAAAGGUAGUUUUGGUUAUUUGGAUCCUGAAUAUUUCAGGAGACAACAAUUGACUGAAAAAUCCGAUGUUUACUCUUUCGGUGUUGUUCUAUUCGAGGCAUUGUGUUCAAGACCUGCUUUAAAUCCUAGUCUUCCAAAGGAACAAGUUAGUCUUGCAGAUUGGGCUUUGAUGAACAAAAGAAAAGGAACAUUGGAGGAUAUUAUUGAUCCAAAUCUAAAAGGAAAAAUCAAACCUGAAAGCUUGAAUAAGUUUGCAGAUACAGCUGAAAAGUGUUUGUCUGAUUCUGGACUCGAUCGUCCCUCGAUGAAUGAUCUAUUGUGGAAUCUUGAAUUUGCUCUUAACCUACAAGAAAACGAUGGUACUUCAAGUUCAACUCAUAACAACUCUGCACAUAUAGAUGAGAGUGAUUUUGAAGAGGUGAAUUUGAAUCAACGUAAUGACAUGGCGGCACAUUACAAAAACCUUAGCCUUGGAAGUGAACAUGACCUUAGUCAUGACUCAGCUGGGAAUUCUUCUGCCAUUUUCUCUCAAAUUGGCAAUCCAAAAGGGCGAUGAUGAUGACAAAAAUAUUCUUUAGUAGGAUGAUUUGUUGUUGUAGGUAACUCUGGAGAGCUUCUUGCUUCAAGGAAGACACAAAAUUCUAAAGUGCAGCACCAAAUUUGAGGGCUGAUUUUAGAGUAUACAGUACUUAAAUAGAUUGUUGAAUGUAAUAGUCUGUAGACAGAAGACAGAAAAUCAAGUUCACCAGGCCAGCCUGCUUUGUAUAAUAUAUGUAAUAUUAUUUGUAUUUUAUUCAUAUUUGUUUAUGUGAAUCUAUGUGGGUCGUGGCUAGCAUUUUGAUUAUGUACUAUGAUUUUGAUUAUGAAUUUGAGCAUUUUGAUUAAUGCUAUGCAUGAAUAUGUUACAUUACAGAUAUAAAAAAAUCUCAUCAUGCAUCUUGUUACAAGCGUUGAAACUAAUGUUAAAUGGAAUGGUGCUUGUGCUGAAUA